AUGAACAAACAAAUCUUGACGUGUGAUUUUGCAGACGAAGUUCCUUGUGACCAUUUCCGACAACGGAAGCUGCUUCAAGAUGGCGAUAAUUAUGAUUACAAUUUAGAAGUGGAUAGUCCCCAAGAUGUCGCAACAGUUUCAAGUGUAUCUGAGGGAGAAGAACCUAAUGUAGAUCCGGAAGGUGGUGACUCAGUGAAUGCUGGAGGAUCUGAAUAUGAAUCCUUGGAUAAUCUGGAAAAAAAUGAUGUUAAUGUAGAAGAAAAGGAAGAUGUCUCGGAAAAUCCUGAAAACAGCGACUCAGUCAAUGGAGGGCAAAAUGAAGAUGUUGAUUUUACGGAUAUUUUAUUGCCUACAGCUACUUCUCCGAAAGCCACUUACGAAACUACAUCAGAAGCACUAUCUGUAACCACGAAAAUGCAAUCAUCUGAAACGAAGUUAUCUAAUAACAAAACGGUAGAGGAUGACGUGAAUGUGUUACCUACAAUAUCUGUUGCAGAUAAGUCAGACAAUCCAUCUUCGCAGCCCGAAAAAAGUUCUGUAUCAAGCACAUUGAGCUAUGAUAGGACUUUCGAGUACUCUCCCAAUCCUUCUCCAACAACUAGUACUACUAUUGCUAUUCAAGUUGCAACUAAAGUGACCGAUUCAUUGUUUAGCCAGCAAGAAUUACAACAUAGCACUACAAUGAAACCUAAUAUAAAUAAUCAAACUAAUAAGAGUACAACAGAAAAUAAUUUACUUUUUGAUAAUGCAGUAUCAGGAAACAAACUUGCAUCAACUAAGCAAGAUGAAACUAAAUCCUCUUCGGUAACAAGUGAGGAAUUUAAAACUGAAGCAAAAGCUAUUAAUACUACAUACCCACCGAAUAAUACAAAAGAUUCUUCAGAGCAUGCACAGACGAACUAUACUACUAAAAGCAUAAUAACCACACAAAGUUACACAAGUGAAGUUCCUAAUGAUAAAGUCUCAAAUUCAUUAAACGCAAAUGAUGACUCUUAUGAUAUUGUUUCAGACGCAGAGACAACCUCUGAAACUCUCGCCAAGAGAACAACGAACUUAUCUACGGAAGCUUCGGUGUUCUUUACAUCUUAUACAGAAUCUAAUGCAACAUUAAACACAACUACGAAAUCGCUGUCAAACACCACAUCUGAUAGUGUAUUUUACUCCACAGCAAACCCAACAACAAUAUCCACCCCGACAUUUAAUAGCACUACUAAAUCCUUCACAGUCUCAGACGCGCAUAAAGUGAACACCACUACGGAAAAAUCUGCCGAGUCUAUCUCUACUGCAUCAUCACUGAAGAAUGCUUCUGAAAUAAAAGAAUUAUCAAGUAGUGUCACAGAACAGAACCGAAUACCAACAAAUGAGUACAAAUCUAAUAGUGAUAUACUUCAGGGUACCACCACGAUUCACACAAAUAUUUCUUCAGCUACUACUCAUAGUUCAGAUGAAGCAUCUUCCUUCAAGCUGGAAAAUUCGUCACAAAAAUUGGAUACUGAAACAAUCUCAAAUGAAGAAGUGAAUUCUACUUAUGCUGAGGACGCAAAUGAAACCAUGAGUGCAUUUACGACGGAAAGUUUGCAACAAACAACGUUAGAAUAUAAGAACUCAACUACUGUUGACUUUCUGGUUUCCUCAACAACAACAUCGAAUGCUACCACUGAGUCUAAUUACGUAAACUUAGAAAACAAAACUUCAUCUGAAAAUGGAUCAAUGGAAAAAAGUUCUGCAACUAAGCCAUCAACGGAUCAAAAAUUCAGUGAUGUAGCAACUAUUUCAUAUUCUAUGUCUGAUAAAUUAAGUGCUAGUGUGGUUACUCCUGUCACAACAAAUAUCGAGUCAACUGGGUUUACUACCGCAACUAACGAAGAUGAGCCGACUACUACAACAACAAGAUCACAAGAAAAGAAGACUGAGGCCUCCAAAGAUAUUGGUUAUUCUAGUAGGGCGGAUGAAAUGAAAGUUGAGUCGAAUGGCACCACGCCUGAAAGACAGUUGAGUAGUGAAAUCAUUGCUGUAACAGAUGAGCAGACGAGUAGUUUCGCGGCUACUAUGAUAAACGAGCAGACGACUGGUAUGGAAAAAACAGUCAUCGGUGAACAAACAAAUGGUAUGGUGCUUUCCACUAAUAAAUACCAGAAUGAUAAUGUUGAGACUACUAUAUCUGAGUUGAUGGUUAGUGUGGAAUCUACCACGGCUGACAACGAAGCAAGUAACCUGAUUACUAAUGUUACUAAUUAUCUGACGAAUCAUGAGUUGAAGAGUGAUGUUCCGAUUACUCCAAGUAGGCUGGAUGAAAUGAAAGUCGAGCCGAAUAGCACCACGCCUGAAAGACAGUUGAGUAGUGAAAUCAUUGCUGUAACAGAUAAGCACACGACUAGUUUCGCAACUACUAUGAUAAAUCAGCAAACAUCUGAUGCGGAAAAAAUCAUCGGUGAACAAACAAAUAGCGUGGAAAUUUCUACUAAUAAAUACCAGAAUGAUAAUGUUGAGACUACUAAAUCAGAGCAGAAGAUUAGUGUGGAAUCUACCACGGCUGACAGCGAAGCAAGUAACCUGAUUGUUAAUGUUACUAACUAUCAGACGAGUUAUGAGUUGAAGAGUGAUGUUCCGACAACUCCACUGACUGAGCAAAAAGAUAGCGUUGCGACGACCAUGAUUGAAGGCAAAACGAGCCGCACGGAAACUACCAAGAUUUACGAACAAACAACUGGUAUUAAACAUGGGAUUAGUGAACAGGAAAACGGUACAGAGAUUUCAACGUAUGAUACACAGAUGAAUUACGAGAAGAAUAAUAUUCUUGAGGGGAAAAGUUUGGGAACCACUCCUAAGAUAAGCCAAGCAAGUAGCAUGGAAACGGGUGCUGAUAAUACGCAUACCAACAAUUUGGAUGCAUCCACGGUAAAUGAAUUGACGAGUGAUGAUCAGACAACUCCAACGGUGGAACAGAAUAACAUUGCAACAUUGUUAAUUGAUGAUCAGACAAUUUAUGUGGAAACUACCACAACGUAUGAGCCCAUGAUUGAUGAAAAUCUAAGCAGUGUUGAUGCUACCAGCAUUGGUGAAAACCAUAGUGAGGUGUCGACUCCUAAAACUAUGGAGUACUUCAGUACUGAAGCUACAACCACAACUGACGAGUAUACGAUGAGUGCAAGUUCAACUACGACUGAGCAACGGUUGUCCAAUGUAGAAGCAACAGAAAUUCAGAAACAGUCCAAUGAUGUUACGAUUGCCUCAGUUAAAGAUUUUGCUAGCAGCGUAAUAACCACCGGAACGUAUAUUCGGGACAGCAGUUCACAUGUCAUGACUGAAAAAGAGGAAAGUAUUAUGGAUGCCACAACAGUUGAGGAAAUCCCUCUCAAUGUCUCCACAAGCAAGACGGACGACCACAGUAAUAUUACAGAGACCGUGUCAGAUAAAGAACAAGAGAUUAUCUUCGAGACCACCGUGGCUGAGUAUUUACCAAACAUGACUGGUGUUACCACAGAGAAAGAUACAGAUGCUAUGGCUACCUUGACGACUUAUGAGCAAUUGAUCCCCAUUUACAAAACGGAAGGUACAACGAGGCACAAGAUCUCGUCUGGUGAUCCUAACAUAGAAACAACUUCUGUGGAGAAGCUAAGCACUGUGUCCUACACUGCAACUGAGAAGUCACAAACCGCAGACGAAAAGAUUAGCGAUGAGCAAAAGGAGGAAUUACUGAGCAACGUGAGCACUAUAAUUGUAGACGAAGAACUUAGUACUGUUGAAGUCACUGAAACAGAUAAAAAGUUGAUGAGUGCGCCUUCAACAACUGAGAAAGAUCAAAUCACUACUAAAUCAGAUACAAAGGAGAGGCUCACUACUUUACCAACUAGAAAUGAGGAUGUGACGGAUAUUAAAACUUUGACGACAGUAAAAGAGCGUGGGACUAUUGUAACUUCAAAAACUGGGGACUAUUUAAGCAAUGUGGUAACUGCUACAGCUAAUAAUAUAGGUAUCACCGGGAUUGAAGAUGAAACUGAAAAUGUUACAGAAUUACCGACUGAAAUCGAGCAGAUGAAUUCAAGCAUUACUACUGAGGAUUUGAGCAGUUUGCCAGUGAGUACCAUUAAGGAACAGCAGGACGGUCUCAUUACUGCUACAACCGAUCAAGACCUGAGCGGUUCAGAAGCCUUUACGACGACAGAUAAAUUGGCAUCUGUUACAACUCCGCUGAUUCCAGCAGUGACGACUGAAAAGUAUGUAAGCAGUAUAAGUACUAUUGCCGAUGACAAAUACACAACAAACGAUGAAAAUAGUUUUAAAACCGAAACACUUUCUACAUAUAUUGAAAAUAGUACAUAUAAAGACAGUACAGAAAGUACUGUUACGACCGAAGAAUUUAGUGAUGAAAGUACUACAGAAACUGACGAACUUCUAAAGAAUGAUGACGUUACGACAAGUAAUAAAUAUCUCAGACCUAUUAUCACGUCCACAAUCGAGAAAACAUUUAACAUUGUUGUCACUAGUACAACUGAGAAACCUUCUAUGAGUACUGAUAAUUUUCCAACAGAUGACUACGCUAGAAAUAAGGACACUCAAAUGACAGAAAAGGAUUUUAUCACAGUAGGCACUACUAAGACCGUGGCAUUUUUUACUGACAUUGAUAACUCCACAACUGAACAAUCGCCUCUAACGGCUGUAAAAGAAUCAAGCAGCUUGAAAACUAAAGAAUUUAAUGAGAAUCAAAGUGUCACUAAAACUGAAAUUCAGAACGAGAGUAGUAUAGAUUCUACCACGAUUGAAUGGCAUUCUAACAAUCUUUCCUCCCCUACCAGAAAAAAUACAAACGUCUUACCGCUUACAACUACUGAAGAUCAGCAGAUCAGUUUGUCAGAAACAACGGAUGUCGAAGAGCUAAGCAGCUUAAAAGCAGUAGCAAAUACAGAAGAGCCGCGUAAUACAGAGCCUGUUGCAAAUAGUUUUAGUCUGUAUACCACCAUGGCUGAAAAUGAAUUGAAAACUGUGACAGCAGCUGUAGUUGAAGAAACAAGUUUUUUCACAGCUGAAAAAUAUCCAAGAGGCCAGGAAAUUGUUACGACUGUUGAAUACCUCAUAGAUAAUUAUACUUCUACGAGACAGAAAUAUCCUAGCGGUGACGAUCCUACUACAAUGAAGGGAAGUCCUACUAGUAUUGAUACAAUUACUACUGCUGAAUAUCCAAGCAGUGCAGAUCCUGCUACAAUGAAGGAAAAUUCUACUAGUAUUGAUUCCAUUACUUCUGCUGAAUAUCCAAGCACUGCAGAUCCUACUACAAUGAAGGAAAAUCCUACUAGCAUUAAUACCAUUACAUCUUUUGAAUAUCUAAUCAGUACAGAUCCUAUUACAACGAAGGAAAAUCCUACUAGUAUUGAUACCAUUACAUCUGCUAAAUAUCGAAGCAGUACUGAUCCUACUACAACGAAUAAAAAUCCUACUAGUAUUGAUUCCAUUACUUCUGUUGAAUAUCCAAGCAGUGAAACUCCUACUACAACAGAGGAAAAACCUACUACCACUGAUACACAUACUACUGCUGAAUAUCGAAGCAGAAAGGAUACCAUAUUUACAGAGAAAUAUUCUAGCAGUAUUAAUCCUGUUACUACUACAACACAUCGCAACGCUUCUGACUAUAUUACUACUUUAAGCAAUAUGAAUGAUAUUGAUACUGACGAAUAUUCUAGCAACAUUGAUACCAUUACUACUGAGAAAUAUGCUAGCAUUAAUUAUCUUUCUACUGAGGAAAAUUCCAGUGGUUUUUAUUCCACUAUUACUGAGAAAUAUUCUAGCAAUUUAGAUAUGACUACUACUGACGAAUAUCCUAGUAGACCUGUGACAGUUGAGAUAAAUACUAGCACUAUCGACUCCAAUACUUCUGAAGAAUAUAUCGUAGCAAUGUAA